AUGACGGAAAUUGAGUUUGGUCAACCCCUUCCUAGUAACUUAGAAUAUGCAGUUUCAUUCGGUAUCCCCACUUGGGAGUCUGCCAUUGGGUACGUGGAGAAGAACCCAGAUUAUAUCAGCAAGAUGGUCACAGGAUAUCCUAGAUACUUUCCUCAGCCCGCUAUACAAAAACUUUGUGAUCAUUUUUUGCAAAAGUUUGGGGAAGGCUCGGAGGGUUGUCGCCCUUUUCCUUCCGCGAAAUCAGCCUCGAACUGUCUAGAAUAUGUGAAGUCGGUAAGUGGGCCCCAGAGCAAAGCCCGCAUGGAAGUUGAGACAUUUUACCUUAAUGACAAUGGGAAAGAUGCUGGUGAGGAUUCUUACCAAUUGGCUAUAACAAUAGCAGCCAUUUUUGCAUCUGAAGAUGAACUCGAAACUGUCAAAGAGUAUUGGAAAUUGACAGGAGAAUGCGUGUCAAGCCGGCUAGCAGUUUUUGUGAACAAGUUUUUGGAAAAAUUACCAGCUGAUUCUAAGCUUUCUCAAAAUGAAACGGGAACUGAUAUCCAACUUUUGAAAAGAACAGGAGAAGAAGCAAAAGUUUUGUUGAGAAAUAGAAUAGCGAAUAAUCACUGCAAUCCUUUUGGCGAAAAGAGAGAAGUCGUAGAUAAACGACCAAUACUUGAUGCAACAAAAGAUGUCUACUUGGUUUCAAGCGGCAUGUCUGCCGUUUUCACUGCGCGUAAGUUACUUACUCAUUGGGAGAAAAACAAAAAUCGCAAACCCUUAUCACACAAAAACAGAGAUUUUCAUGACAAACAACAUCCAGUCUGUGAGACUGCAGCCGUUUUCGGAUUCCCAUUCAAAGAUACCAAGGUGAUCAUGGAAAAAUUUGGAAAAUGCCAAUUUUUUGGAUUUGGAGAUUCAAGAGAUUUAGCUGGAUUAAGGUCUCUUCUGAAAGGCGGUAAAGAACGCAUCCUAGGCGUCUUUCUGGAAACUCCCUCGAAUCCUAUGCUGAAUAUGCCCGACCUUAAACAACUUCGAAAUAUGGCGAAUGAAUACGGCUUUUUCAUAGUAGUCGAUGACACUAUAGGAGGCCUAAACGUCGAUGUUUUGCCUUAUGCAGACAUUGUGUGCACUUCACUCACUAAACUUUUCAGCGGGUCUAGUAAUGUUAUGGGAGGCUCCAUCAUUCUCAACCCCAAAUCUGCCCUAUACUCAUGCGCCCUUCAGUACUUUCGAGGCGGCGAAUUUGAAGAGUUACUUUGGCUAGAGGAUGCUAUCAUCCUCGAGGCCAAUUCUAGAGACUUUGAAGAGAGAACAACUCGGACCAAUGAAAAUACCAUGAAACUUAUCCAAGAAGUUCUUUUGCCAGAAGAAGGAAAGAUAUUCAAGAAAGUCUACUAUCCAACAGUCAGUUCAAAGGAGACCUUCAAGAAUUUCGAAUCUGUUCGUACAAAUGGGGGCGGUUACGGUAGCCUGUUUUCAUUGUCUUUCUUCAACGAAGAAGAUGCUAAGAAAUUUUAUAAUUCCUUAACUGUUUUCAAAGGGCCUUCAAAUGGCACAAACUUCACAUUAGCAUGCCCUUACGUUCACCUGGCACAUCACUUUGAGCUCGAAGAAGUUUCAACAUUUGGAGCCCAUUCAAGCCUUGUUAGGGUUAGCGUUGGCCUAGAAAACACCCAGUGGCUGUUGAACGCCUUCUCGAGCGUUAUAAAUCUUCUUAGGAAAUGA